AAAAAAAGUAGCAGUUGCUCCAUGACCUUAAUCUCAUUUCUCUCUCUCUCUCGUCUCUCUCUCUCUCUCUCGUUAAUGACAAAAAAAAAACACACUAACCAACAACUCCUUCUACUAAUACUCUCUCUCUCUCUCUCUCUCUCUCUCUCUCUCUGGGUUUGAGACACUGAUGAGAAGCAGCAGCACAGAACAAUGUCGGAGCUAGGGUUGGUUGUUGACCAGAAUCAUCACCAUCAGAGAUCAUCCGGAUUCAGAGCACGAGACUUCAGCCCUGACUCCGUCAUCUUCACCAACGAAUCCAACUUCAGCCUCUUCUCCUCCGCUUCAGCCAGCGUCGAGCGCUGCUCCUUCGCGUCCGAUGCCCACGACCACGACUCCAUUGUCUCUGAACUCUCUCAGCAUUUGGCAGGACAUGCUCCGCGUGAUAUUUCGAGUGGUCCAGAUUCAGAUCCAAACAAGAACACAGUACAAAGGAACAGGAGCCUUAAAACCAGCAAAAUUGACAAAGGUAAAGGUAAAGUUCGAAGAGAAGAAAACAAUUCUGGGACAGAGGAUGUAAAUGACAACCUAGAUUCAGCAAGGAGCUCUUUCUCUCAAGCUCUCAAAGAAUGUCAAGAACAGAGAUCCAGAUCUGAAAAUGUAAUACAAAAGUCACACAGGCGAAGACCUGGUUCGGUAGAUCUGAACAAUCCUAUACCCAAUGCCACAAGUUCUUCACCGCGGCUUGGAGGGAUGAAGAAGAGUUCUGUUGUGACUCGCCAAACUGGGACAUUUCCUAGCCCUGGAACGCCUAAUUACCAGCACAGUAGCGUUGGGAUGCAAAAAGGUUGGAGCUCAGAACGCGUGCCGUUGCACACCAAUGGAAACCGGCAGCACGUGAAUGGUGCAUUGUUGCCUUAUAAUAAUAAUGGAAGGACAUUGCCUUCCAAAUGGGAAGACGCUGAGAGGUGGAUCUUGAGUCCGGUUUCCGGUGAUGGUCAAGCGAGACCUUCCUUUCAGCAGCCGCAGAGGCGGCCGAAGUCCAAGAGUGGGCCUCUUGGGCCACCUGGAAUUGCUUGUUACUCGUUAUAUUCGCCAGCGGUGCACAUGUUUGAUGGAGGGAGUGUUGGGAAUUAUAUGGCUGGGUCUCCCUUCUCGGCCGGUGUAAUGGCAGCUAAUGGUCUGUCAAUUCGUUCCAGUGCAGGCAAUGACGGAGCUGGAAUCUAUCCAGCACGAAUGGAGCCUUGCAUGGCAAGAUCAGUUAGCAUGCAUGGAUGCUCUGAAUUGCUAUGUCAAUCCUCGUUGCCAGGCCCCCAAGAUGCGAUACUUGAUGAUGAUGAGGAUGCAGACAACAAUAUUUCUUGUGCUGUUUCAAGAAGGGAUAUGGCUACCCAGAUGAGCCCAGAGGGUAGCCAACACUCAUCUCCCAGAUGCAGGCUGUCUUUCUCCCCCUCAACUCCUUAUGUCCAUCCCACGGUGGAGUUGGAAAGUGUCCAGUCUGCUAAGAUAGAAGUCAGGGAUGUGCAGGUUGAUGAACGGGUCACCAUGACUAGGUGGUCCAAGAAACAUAGAGCUCGGUUUUCAGUGAAAGGCUCUGAUAUUGUUGAUGUAUGGAAGAAGAAAGAUGUGGAUGCUCUAUCUUGUCCUUGGGGAGUUUCAGAUGCAGCCAAAAGCAUUUCUCAAAUGAAGAGGGAGGAAGCUAAAAUCACUGCAUGGGAGAACCUUCAGAAGGCAAAAGCUGAGGCAGCGAUAAGGAAACUAGAGAUGAAGCUUGAAAAGAAGAGGUCAUCAUCCAUGGAUAGGAUUAUGAGCAAACUGAGAUCUGCUCAAAAGAAGGCCCAAGAAAUGAGGAGUUCGGUGUUCAGCAAUCAAUCUCAUCAACUUACGAAGUCAUCCCACAAGGUCUUAUCCUUCCGCCAGACCCGCCAGAUUAGUUCCUUGAGUGGCUGCUUCACCUGCCCUGCUUUUUAGUGCCUCAUCCAGUAGGAUUCUUUGAAGGUUUGGCAUUGAUAGAAUGACAACCGAUGUGAGUGAAGGUAAAUGAAUGUCCGGCGUUUGACGGCAACUAUAUUUCCGAUGCAUGGAUUAGUCUCAACUCAGUUCGUUGAUGCAUCAACCAUCAGAUCCUUAACAAAUAUCAGAAGAUGGGAAAGAUCCUUAUAUCUGAGUUGUAUAGCUAACCGAUUGGAUGGGCAGAUAAAGGGGAAUCCAGUCUAGUCAGCUUUCCUUCCAUGGCUGAAGCCGCUGAAGUGUGUUGUUAUAGAAAGCUUGUACUAAUGUUUAGGCUUCUUCAUAGAAUUUCUUGCCGCCUUCGCUUUUGAUGAGAUCAGGCAUAAAUUUUUACAAAGGACCCUAUUUUCCAUCUCCGCAGUUGUUUCUGCAAUUAUUGAUUCCCCUCAUGGGACUCUUGUUUUGUGGUUGCUAGCCA